AUUUGGGUAUUAUUCUGUGUGAUCAAGAUUUUUGGGUAGAAGAACUGAUAAAUAACUUGGAAGAUAAGGAUUUGUUGCUUUACCAAUUAUAUGAAGCUUUUGAUAAGCUUAAUAAAAUUGAAAUGACAUUAUUAUUGACAAACGAUAUUUGGUUAAUAAUUAAGGAAAUCUGUGAUUCUAAAGAUUUUAUAAUUUUUCUUAAGUCACUUGUUGGAAACAAUCUUCAAAAUUUAAUUAAUGGCGUUGAUGAUCAUUCAGACGAACGUUUAAUCCAAGAAAAUAUUGUUCAGACAUUUAUUCAAGUAAAACAGAUCUUGGAGCCUUUAUUAGAGGAGAGAGAAGGGGAUGAUAGGCAUUCAGCGGUGCAAGAAUUCUUCCAAAUUCUGCAUAACAUCGUAAAUAGGAAUCCAUCUCUAAUUUCCAAGUUACGGUUGUGUAAUGCCAAUGCCCAAGCGUUAAAAAAUUUGUAUAAUAACGUUUCGAAUCGUGGUGAGGUGACAAAAGAAAAGAUUAUAUAUUCAGUGACAAAAGGAGAAUAUUCAUUUAAAAGAAUGGAAGAUGAUGAAAAUAGAUAUACGGCAACAUUAUCAUAUGCUUCGGAUAUUUUACAAGAAAACAUUGUGAGUUAUACCUUUGCAGAUCUUCAAGAUUUACGUGGUCGUGCUUUAUUGAUAGCAAGAGCACCUUCCAAUACUUUCAUCAAUACGAAAACUAAUAAAAGGAUGAUCAU